AUGAUUGAUGAAAAAGCUAAGAUAUCGAUAGGUGGCAUGUAUCGAGAAAAAGCAUGCAAACCGUUCUAUAUCAAUCAUGUCACGAUGUCUGAUGAAGGAAAUAUCAAAAAAGGCUCGAAAUGCAUUUUAUUGAUGACAGAUUUCGAUAUACAGAUAUUUAAAUCCAAAGCUUUUGGUAAAGUUGCACAGUAUAAGUACUUUACUCACCAAGAUGUUAAAGAAAUAGAACUUACAAACGAUAAAAUCUUACGAAUAAAAUAUGAGUCAGAAGAGCAUCUCAUUAGUGGUCCAGAGAUGGAUGAUGCUUUUAAGAAAUUGUUCGAAGCUAUAUUUACCAUCCUUCCAACUGAAGAACUCCCUCAAAUCACUCCAUUAUUAAGAAUGAAGAAGCCUGAUAAUGCUCCGAUUAAGCGUUACAAAUUCCUCACUUAUCUUCGUGAUGAAAAGCCUAAUCAUGAGAUUUCUGGCUAUCUUCAGAACUACAACUUUUUAGGCCACUCUUUUAACUUUGAUUCUCUCGUUGCAUUAUUAAACAAAGGAUUAAUUAUCCUUCUUGAGUCAAUUAACGUCACAAAUAUCGAUACUAUAGAAAUUCCUCUGUUUCAAAAUCCAAAAUGGAAAGAUGUUGCCAAAUUCCUUAAGAAUUCGUCAAAUAUUACAACAUUGGUAUCAAGAGAUACCGUUAAUGAAGAUAUAAGGAAAGUUAUAUCUGCAUUAAAAGAAGAAAAAAUGGAUGGUAAGCGCCGCAUCAAUAGUAUCCAAUUAAUUAACUCUAAAACAGAAAGAUUAGAUGUUAAAUAUCUUUUGGACCUCGCACACGUUCCUUUCCUGACUUCUUACAAAUUAGAAAAUCCAUUUCUCGACCAAUCCGCAAACCAUGAGUUCAACAAGCAGUUUGAGUCAAAUGCAAACAAAUUUGAGGACAUAGAGAUCUUGAAUUUCAGCAAAAUGAGUAUUAAUUACGCUCCGAUUUUCAAUUUCCCUAAUUUAACAGAGUUAGCGUUGAAUUCAUGCGAAGUUGAAGUUGCCGAUGUAUUCCAAUUACUGUCAACUAAGAGAAAUAUCAAACUGAGAAGAUUAGAGCUUCAAAAUAAUAUAACUAAGAAAUCUGUACCUGAAGACUUACUUCUUCCACCUAAUCUUGAGUCAAUAGACCUUUCCAAUAACACAUGGAACGCUUCCGCCCUCGUAGCAAUCUUCCUUGUCAUAACAGAUCAUCAAACCGCAUCGCAGAAGCUUCGUUUGGAACUAGCGAACACGAAAGUCGAAGAUAAUAAAUGGGAUGAGUUCAAACAAAACCUCGAUAACUUCUCAACCGAAAAAUUGACAGAAUUUAAUUGGGAUAACAACCCACUCUUCCCAGAUCUCGUUGAUUACUUAUCGGAAUGCCGUAUUGCAUGGUUAUCUAUCAAUGGAUGCAUAAACCAAGGUGAAAAAGUGCUUGAAAACGUUUAUAGAUAUAUUGCCUUCACAAAACGUUUAAGAUAUCUAUUUUGCGCUGGCUCGGAGAGCAAGAUAUUACUUGAUCAUGUCAAAUAUAUCAUUGUUGCCCUCAAAACCAAUCGUUCUUUGUCUCAUAUUGAUUUAUCAAACCAAGGAUUCCCUCCUGCGAUCCUUGACAGCUUAUCGGACGCAUUAAUGCACAACAGAGCAGUCGUUACCGUCAAAGCUGUAGGCAAUGGCAUUACAGAAGGCGAUGCUUUGAAUAAAUUUUACAAAUCUUUCGCAAGAAGAGGUGUUAACCUUUCCAUUACGUUCUUCGAUGAUAAAUAUAAGAUCAAGGACCCGCUACUUCUCGAUUUGAUGGAAAUUGUUCGACAAGGAAACCCAAAGAUCGCAAUUCCAUCGGAAUGCAGGCCAAAGUUCUUAACAGUCGAUCAGGAUGAAGAGGAAGAGGAGGAAGAAGACGAGGAAGAGGAAGAAUAUUACGAGGAAGAAGAGGAAGACGAAGGAGAAGAGGAAGGAAAUGAAAACCAAGCUCAACAACCUUCCGCACAGCCUCAGAUGCCUCUUCCUGGUGUUCCUCAACAGUCUGGAUCGUUACCAAGCUCUCCUCAGAUUUAUAUUGAUCCAAGAUCGAAGAUAAGGAUUCCGCCGGUACCAGCACCUGAUCCUAAUAUGAUCAGGCAAAGAUUGGCUGAUGCUUACCAGAUCAAAAACCUUUCUUUGAGGUUAAAUAAUUGUUAA